AUGUCGCAGCCGCAUGCCAGCGGACACCCGCUAAAGGUGAUCUCUGGGGAUCUUGAAGCAACGUUAUUGGCAUUGGCCGGUGAGCUCAGUAAGUCCAAUAAGGAAAAUACGCUGGAAGAACAAGCGGCUGUGCUUCUCCGAUUACCACAGCAGCUGGCAGAUGUGACCGCACAGCUUUCCCAGAAAUUACAGAAAAUUCCUUUGCCGCCGCUUGGCCAGUUGGCUCCACCGCUUGGCUCCUUGCACCCUUUGCCCCCCAGCAAGCCUGCUACAGAUGCUGGCGACGACCGCGUUCGCUGUACCGUGGUAGCUCUUUCUAGAGUCGUCGUAGCGGACCUGCCGCAGCCUGGAACCAGUCCAUUGUACGAUUUCUGCGAACUCCAGACUUUGAUGCUUCGAAACUUGGACACCGUUCAGCUGAAAGAUGUUGAUCUUCGUUGCCCAGACAGUCUGAUGGCCAAGCAACUGCGACAACGCUUCUACGAGAUGCUGCGACGCAACGUGAAGCUAGGAAAGCGAACAUUGUCCGAAUUUCGAACAGAUCAGCUUUCCCCGACCUACAACAUUCAUGUGCUGGUCUCUGCAGAUGGGCAGCGAUUGGUUCUGCGCGCAAAGCUGCUUUAUGAUCCCGUUCAUGUGCCUGUGGUGGACGACGGCAAAAUCACUCCUUGGAAUAAACAGGCCUACCAGGAAGUGUGCGAUGCUAUUCAGCAUGCUAGCGUGUGA